CAGCUGUUCUCUUAUUGUUCGAGUAAUCUACAAUGUUGAAGAUUUUGCAGAGUAUGAAGAGGAGAGUGUAACUGUUAGCCAAGAGAAACCAUUAGCAACAAAUUGAGGCAUCCCAGCAGCAAAACCUUUCAGUGAGACAAGAUGGGUGGUAGAGGGCGAGGUGGUCGUGGUAGGGGCCGUGGAAUGACGUUCGAGCAGCUGGGUGUACAGAAAGGUGAAGUUUUACCUGAAAGAGUGGUAGGUCCUCCCGAAACAUAUCCUCCUCUAGAGUUCCGUCCUGUUCAGCCCACGCAAGAUAAAGAUUUAGCAGAUUCCUAUCUUCUUGUAGUUAAAAAAGAAUACAGAGAACAUAUGCAAAAUUCUCAAUAUUAUAUUCAACCUGGUGUCAAGAGACCCGAUAUUGAGAGGUACUCGGAUAGAUACCAAGUGCUAGCCGGUCAUCAUGGCCAGUUAACACUCAAUUGGUCACGGUUUCCUAAGGAACUUCACCCUUCUGUACCAUCUGCUGCCAACAAAAAGAGAAAGAAACUCGCAUCGAAAAUGAAAGUAAAUGUUAAGAAAGCCAGAACAAAAGAUGUUAAUGUAAGUGAAAGACUCGAGGCUUUAGAAAAAAAAGAAGCUACUCAGGGUGUAGAGGAAAAUGAGGAAGAAGGAGAAGAUGAAGAAGAAAAAGCUGAGGAGACUUUGGAAGAAUUAGAGGAGGUUGAUGAAGAACUGGAUGAGGGGACAGACUAUGUAAACAACUAUUUUGAUAAUGGUGAUAGUUAUAUUGAUGAAGAAGAUGAUGCACUUGAAGAAGGUGGAGUUUUCUGAAAUUUUAAGUCGAUGGCACUAAAUUUUUUUACCGUGUAUGGACGUGGCUUGUGCCUUAUGUUUUUAUUCCUUCGUGUACUUAAAUUCUGAUUUUCACUUGCAAAUCGUUUUAAUUUGUCAUCAGUCAGGGUCUUGCAAGUGAAUAUGGGUUUCAUAAGUGUUUAAGGAAAUUAGAGUGCCUGUAUGAGUGUGUUAUAUUUAUGUAAUGCAAGUUUUUUACUUUUUUUUUUUUACUGUAUAUGACAGUUAAUGUCAAUUUGGCAGGAAGUAGGUAGGAGUUAUUUUUUUCACAAAUGGAAUACUUUUUUUAAAUGCAAAAUGAUUUUUAUAUAUGGAAAUGUGUAUUCACGUUACACAUGGAGGUAGUGUGGCAAGUAUUGUAAUCAACCAACUUCACUUCCCCACCUAGUAAUGUUGGAGACCCCAGUUACAGCUGGGAGUGCCCUAGGGUUGAGACUUAGAACAGGAGACAAGCACUAUAUCUGCUUGGUUGCUGCACCCAUUUACUUUCCAACUUCUCUAAAAUUAAGAGAGAUUCAGUUGUGGAAAUAACUUCAAUUAAUGUUGUGGAAUUAGACAGUACAAUACAGUACAUUGUGGACGUAAAGGCAACCAAGCUCAAUGUAAAUGAUAUUGUCCUGUCACAGUGAAUCAGUUCUACCUGUACUAUGUGUUGGCUUCACAGAAAUCUGUACAUCACAAAUACAGCUUUUUAUUCAAUGUUUGUAUCACCUGGUGGGUCCUCGUGUACUUCUCUAUUCAGGUGAUAAUUGAGUAAGGGUAAUGCUGUCACACUGGAUUAAAUACAAAAAUUAUCACCAAACCUUACUUAAUUCCCAAGUGUCCCACUGCCACAUAGCAGCUAAUCCAUCAAACAGACCGUGCCAAACUUGUCCUGUAAACUCACAAAAGUUAAAAUGCUUAUAUUGUUGCCUGUUUAUACUUGUUUCACUGUUACAUUUUCGUAGUUACCCCCGUACUUACUCUAAGGUGAUAAAACCGUAAUGAAUUGUGCGAGAAGAUUAUUCUUUAAAUAAAUACGUAUUGCUUUACUCAUCAUAAGCUGGCUGCAUCUACCUGAACUGUGGGCCACAUAAAAUAAAAUUUCUCAAAUUACUCCGCGGGCCGCAAAGAGACAUGGUUCGGGUGGCAUGCGGCCCACAGGAUGCGGGUUGCCCAUGCCUGGCAUAUGACAUAUUUCAAAUCUCAUGUCUAUUUUUUAUGAUUUGUUUAUGUGUUUGUUUGUCCUUCACUGAGACUAAUACAUUGUCCUGGCUAUGGCCUGUUAACACCAGUGUCUCUAAACCUGCAGUAGUACUAUACAGGACAAUACUUGUACCCUAGUGACUUUGCAUUAACUAGUGGCCAGGACUAUACAAGUCAACCAGUGGUUUCCAGAAAGCCAUUAGCCACCUAUGAUACUGGGGGUUUGAUGGAUAACCCCAUCAAGGUUUAAAGCAGUCCCUUACAGACCAAAAUGCAAGCACAGUGAUAAGUCACAUGAUAAAGGGCAUCAUAUUACAAAUGGCUGAAGUGAGGGAAUGUUUCUUAUGAGACAGUACUUAUGAAAAUCUGACAUUUAUUGAACAUACACAUUACAGUUGGAAUAUCUUUUAGAGGAAUUGAAUCCAACUAAAGAAGUGCAUCGGCAUUAAAAAAAUACUGGUAUUGUUACCUAAAUUAAUAUUUCUCACAUUAAUCAUAUGAAAAUGACUGUACAAUGAGCAGAUUUUCCUUAAAAUUAGUACAUGUAAAUAUAUAAUAAACCUCAAUGUUAAUUCAUUUAGUUCAUAAAAUAAGGCUUCCCUUAUGUAAGCUGUAACAGUGAAUAAGCUUACAUUCCAACUUAUUUAUUAUUCAAAUAAAAUAUUAGGUGUGCAGGCAUCCCUCAAUAUACGAUCUCACGGCUCAUGAAAAUUUGAUUUAAUUAUUUAAAUUAUUUUUUUUUUUGCUUUAUGAUUGGACUUUCUCUGUUUAAAGAUUGCAGUGACAGGAAAUUAAAAGAAAUAUCACUCCUUAGCAGCUUCAUGUACAUAUUCCUCUUCAUUUCUCAUCCCAAAAUGGCUGAAAUUCAAAAAUGCAUUCAUUGUUAUCUGCAGGCCCGUCCUUUGGGGGGGGGGCAACCACCGCUGGUCCCAGCACUAGACCCAGUGACCAUGGACACAUUACCUGUUGACUGGUUAAUCUGACCUCACGGCUUACGCCACCAUCGCAACCGUGACCUUACCAUCCAUAGCGACAGUUCAAUGGGGGUGGGUUUCUCUAACCGCAUAAUCCAUUGCACUCCAGUCCACCAGUGAGAUGAGGUUGUGUCCUGUGACUCCUGCCUUUUGAGUUUUGUGAUAUAUAUAUAUACGUAUAUCACUGUAGUUGCACGUGAUCCAGGUAUAUGCUGAUAACCACAAGGAAAGAAGAAAACACAAAGUUCCCAAGCACUUUCGUGUAAUUCACAUCUUUUUUUUUUCUGGGGCCCCGCAGUGGCUGAGUUGCCCCGGGUCCCACACCCUCCUAGGGACGGCCCUGGUCAUCUGAGUAGGGAAGGACUACCUGUCCACUGUUGCCUGAAUCUUUCUACUUGAGCCACUAACUGCAUUCAUCACAAGUGUUUUUGCUUUGCUCACCACUCUUAUGCCACGUGCCCACCUAUUACGUACGAUAACCAUUGUGCUGAUCACUGUGCUUACAGACUGUAAUUGUCAAUCAUAAUACAGGUACAUUUGUGGUGUCAUUCUCUAGUGAAUUCAGUGAUUGAACUCUAAAAUACUAGGAAACAUGCAGCUGUCACCUCAAGCAAAGUUAAGUGUCUUCAUAAGGCAAUUACUUUGGAGGUAAAACUGGGCAUCAUCAAGUGCCAUAAGAAGGGUGAAGGCCUCAUUUCCAUUACAAGAGCACUUGGUCUGGCCCAUUACCCCUGUAUAUAGUACUGUAUCUACCAUUGUCAAGAAUGUUACACCAGUUAAGACCGUAGGAGAAAGUGUGACUGCAAGUACAACCACGAGGCUGACGAGAGCAUGUGACCCGCCAUGGUUAAUGUGGAGAGACUACUGCAGUCAGGCUUAGGCUCUGAACGGACUGAGGGAACUGAGACUUUCAAGGCAAGCUCUGACUGGUUGGAGUGGUUCAAGUUAUGUGCCAACCCCCAGAGCUUCCAUCUCACAGGAGAGGCAGCAAGUGUGGACUGUGAAGCUGCCACUACUGUCACCAAUCGCCUGAAGGUGAAGAUCCAAGAAGGAGGAUUCAGUCCCAAGCAAGUUAUCAAGUCUGAUGAAAUGGGUUAUUUUGGAAGAGGAUGUCCUCCUGAACCUUCACUGCAAAAGAGAAGAACCUGCUUCUGAUUUAAAGCUGCCAAGGCAUGCCUCACCCUGUCAUUUGGAGGUAACACCAAAGAUUUUGAACUGAAGCCACUCCUUGUCUGCCACUUGGAAAAUCCAUAAGCACUCAGGGGUUAUAUUAAGGAGUUUCUAACGGUCAUCUGGAAAUCAAAUCUUUAGCGUGGUUGACAAUGACAUUGUGCCAGAGCUGCGUGGUUGGCUACCUCUCCAGAAAGUGUAAGGAGUACUGAAAGGCCAAUUAUCUUGCCAACACGUACCUUGUGAUCCUCAAAAAUGCUCCUGCACAUCCACCAUCCAUGGACGAGUGGGCAGACAACACUGACAUGCUGUUUGUGCCACCAAAUGCAACCUCACUCAUCCAUCCCAUGGACUGGACAAGCCAACAACCAAGGAGUUGUGGCACAAUUACAACAUCAAGAAGGUAUGGACAGCAUUUCAGAGUCAUGGAAGGAGGGUAUGGAAAACUUUUGGCUGAAGUGUGUGCAUGGUUUUCAUGGAUUUGAGCCAGUUAAAAAGAUUUGCCGAGAUAUUGUGCAGCUCUACCACCAGGCUGGCUUUAAUGAAGUUGACCAGGAAGAAGUUUAGGAACUCCUUGAUGCCAUGAAGAGGAGCUAAGCAAAGAAGAGUUGAUGUAUCUGAAGAAGUUCUCAAUUGAUGCACAACAUUGAGCAACAGAUUCAUUAUCAAGAAUGUAAGAAUCAAGUGAGUGAAAGACACAACAGAGUAUUAUUACCAGCUUCUUUGGGGUCAAAACUCCCAAAAGAGACAGCCCGAGUCACCUGAGCCGGUUCCAUCUACCCUCAGAGUUAGCUUUUAUAGAACCUAAGUCAUGCUACCCUCCCCUGAGAUCAGACCUGCCACUCCAACAACUUUAAGUGCACCGAGUACCACCCAUUCAUUAGUGGCUGAGUUAGAAUGAUUAUUCAGAGCAAUAGAAGUCCUCCAGCCUCCGAGUGUGGCCCUUACAACAUAAUAUAGGCGUGAUAACUUUCACCUUACUAUUUUUCUUUACCAUUCAUUUUAUGAUGUAUGGGGGAGGUGCUUUCAUACUGUAAUUUUUCCAUGACUUAACCCAACUCACUUUUCUAUUUUUAUUUAAUAUUUAUAUCACCAUUUUCAUACUACAUAUAGUGUAUGUACAAAAUAUGCAUUGCAUUGUGGCAUCGAAGUAUCAUUAUAUUGUGGCAUUGAGGUGUAGUAAUUUACUACUGUGAGUUUUAGAGCCUAUUUGGGUGAAAACCCCCACUUUGAGUGACUUGGGAACAUAACCCCACUAACAUCAUGCUAAAACAUGUUCAAUAUACAGUAUGAUCAUUCACUUAACCAUUGGGUUUUGAGGAAUACAAACUGAUUGUAAAUCAAGGGACACCUGUACAAUAUUUCUAUAUUCCAAAUAUAUAUAUAUGUUAUA